AUGAACCCGUGCCAAGAAACCAACCAGAAAAAGAGCCCCUCGUCGGCAGCUCCUUCUGUUGAUGACAGGAUCAAUAUUGAUUGCCUCCCACAGCGCGAGAGAAAGGGACAAGAUGGCCUCAUGAGUCUCAAGGAGCAACAUACCGGUAUUGACAAACAAGCAACCCAAAAGGAUGAGAAAGGCCAACCGUCCAAGACCGAGUCGCCACUUCUGGGUGAUAAUGUCAAACGAGAAAUUCCAAAGGAAGGCCAGCAUUCCGACAAGGACAUGGAAAAUCAAACAGAGUCGACACCAGGUUCUCCUCCUGUCAUGGCAACAAAGAACCACGGAAUUCAAAGCGUUAUCUUUGAUGUUACUGACGACAUUCAAGCUAUGCCGUCUCCAAACCUCAGGCAUCCGAAUCCAGUACUAGUACCCGGUGCCUUUCAUGUCAAUGGCGCUUCUUCUACUACCGGUACAACCAGUAGGCCACAACCAGGAGGAGAGACUCUUCCUGCAACCAUCGAAACGGCUUCUGCCAAUGCGGUCGUGGACAGCAUUACUAAUAAUGAUAAUAACGACCUGGCAGUGGCCAACUUGGUGGUAGAAGAGGAUCUACAGCCAGCAUUUCCCGAAGAUCUUGAUGCUGCUGCUAGAAUGAGACAAGAAAGCAACAAUAAUAUCAAAAAGUAUGGUUGUCUGGGAGCAAUUUUCCUCAUUGUCAUUCUCAUAAUUGUUGUUGUUGUUGUGGUGGUGGUUUCUGUGAGAGGAAACGAACCAAUGGACUCUGCACUCAUGCCAUCACUGCCACCAACAAGCCCUCCUACCCCAGCUCCAACAACUCUUCAGGGCUCUUGGCUGGCUUUGCUGCCAGAUGAGAGUGUUCAUGCUAUAACAGAUGACCCUGAAUCACCCCAAUCCAAGGCAUGGCAAUGGCUCCUCCAAGACUAUGACUUGCUUCCUUACUACAAUCAUGCUCGAGUUGUCCAAAAGUUUGCCCUUGCCACUUUGUAUUAUGCAACAGAAGGUUCAAACUGGGCUAUACAAACAAACUGGCUUAAUCGCAGCGUUCAUGAAUGCAACUGGUACAACAGUCCAGAUUAUGCAUUGAUGAAUACACUUUCGAAACUGUAUCCUGGGUAUCUCAGCGGGUUCUUUCCGUCUACAGAGCAACUACCAAAGCCAUGUGACGACCAUGGCCUCUAUCAGCAUCUUUGGCUUGAUCAGAACAAUUUGGCAGGUUUCUUGCCCACAGAGAUCUAUCUACUUUCAACCCUCAAGACACUUUCCCUUGGAUACAAUCAGAUUGGGGGAACCAUCUCUAGUCACAUUGGCCAGCUCAGAUCUUUGGAAGGACUCCACAUCACGACGCUUCAAGAUGCUGGAAACAUCCCUUCCGAAAUUGGUUUAUUAACCACAUUGAGACACAUUGGACUUCGGGAUAAUAACCACCAGGGGCGUAUUCCAACUGAGCUCUGGCUACUCACAAACUUGAAUCAUCUAUUGAUGGGGCUCAAUCCAGACUUGCAAGGCAGCAUUCCAGUAGAAGUUGGAAACUUGUCCAACCUUACUUGGCUUGGUUUAGGGGGUGGUUCUCUCACUGGCACAAUCCCUACAGAGUUGGGUCAAAUAUCCAGUCUGGCUCUGUUAACCAUGAGGGAUAACCACCUCACUGGUACAGUGCCAAGCGAACUGGGACUCCUUACUGGACUUGCCAUCACUCUCAACCUACGGAGUAACCAACUCUCAGGAACCAUUCCUUCAGAGCUUGGGCUCUUCUCAGGGCUUGCAGAGCUAGAACUCAGAGACAACCAUUUCACCGGCCAGAUUCCCAGUGAAUUUGGUCAGCUGAAGUCCAUGGGCCACCUGACGUUUGCCGGAAAUGAUCUCUCUGGGACCUUGCCGGAAGAGCUUGGAGCUCUACAACAGUCCCUUCAUACGUUGAGGAUGGAGGACAACCCGCAGCUUUCUGGCACAAUCCCCAUUGGUAUCUGCAGCUUCAACAAUAGUUGCAUCUCCAAUGCUAUCGAUACAUGUGAGGGUCCCUUUGGGUUGUCUUUUGACUGUUCUGGCUUGCUUUGUGGCUGUGGCUGCAUUUGUGAUGAGAGAUGA